ACAUCUGACCCUUUGUUUACGUGGAAGGAGAGACGGUCGUGCUUCCGGGUUUUAUUUCUGCAGAUGUCAGACCAGUUUUAAAGAUAUGGCUACGGUACCAGCCCAGUCUCUCAGGGUGUCUGAAAUUAAAGACCCAACCGUUUUGUUUGACCGAUACAGCACCGAUGAGAUUCGUGCUAUCGAGAGGAAAGUGCGGGGGGAGAUCGAGCAGAAGAAGGAAGAACUUCGACAGAUGGUCGGUGAACGAUAUCGGGAUCUAAUCGAUGCGGCUGACACGAUCGGUGAGAUGAGACAGUGCUCGGAAAGUGUGGUUCAGUCCAUUCAGGACAUGUACCGGUACUGCAAUAAACUUAAACAGACAAAAACAACCCCUCAGUCCAGUGGAAAGGCAGAGCAGGGUCAGAAACAAUCCCAAGAAAAAUUUUACACCAUGGCAUCACAAAUUAAACUACUACUGGAAAUCCCUGAGCGGAUUUGGAGCUCCAUGGAGUCGUCGCAAUACCUGCAAGCCACGCAGCUCUACCUGCUGUGCUGUCACCUUCACAGUCAGCUACACUUGGAGGGCGGAGGUCAUCAUUACAGUCCCGUUCUCGCUCGCUUCCCCAUCCUGGUGCGCCAAGUAGCAGCUUCCGGUCACUUCAGGUCUACGAUCUUAUUGGAGAGUAAGUCUGUGCUACGCGGCAGGGCAGUGUCGGAUCAGGCGAUCGCUGAAGCGUUGGUCUCCACCAUGCUCCUGGAGGACAGCUCUCCUCGCCAGGCGCUCGCCGACUUCCUGCUGGCUAGGAAAGCAUCCAUUCAGCAGCUGCUUAAUCAGCCUCAGCAUGGUGCUGGUGUUAAAGCACAGGUUUGUUCUUUGGUGGAGCUGCUGGUCACCACUCUAUACCAGGCUUACGCUGUGUUUUACGUUCCACCCGAUGGCCAAAUAUCUGACACUGGAUUGGGCUGUGGCCUGCUUUUUAGCACCUUGGAGAAUGUGACCUCUAACACUACUGGAAAAGAAAAGAAGGUUCUGGACAAUGAGGUGAGUCCAGGGAGCUGGUUUAAACACCUCCCUCCUUCAGUAAUGAACUUCCAGCCUACUCUUCGAACACUAGCACAGCCAAUACAGAGAGAGCAGCUCAGAGACACACUACAGCAGUGGAUUGAUACCUGUAAGGAGGAUAUCCGCAGUGGGGUUAGCAGCCUGCUGGUCUAUGUGAAGAGUCUGAAGGGUCUGGCUGCCAUUCGAGAUGCUGUGUGGGAACUUCUCAGCAGUGAAUCCAUCAGUCAGCACUGGAACACAGUGUGCCAGAGCCUCCUGGAGCGACCUCUGGCCCUGUGGGAUGACCUUUUGCAGCAGCUGUUUCUGCAGAGACUUCAGGCCAUCACACAGGAGGGCACAGAGGAGAUCGCUAGCAGCUCAAGACAGCUUUUGUCCUCAGCUCUGCGGGAUCUCCACGGCCAGGUUUCGGCUGGGAGUUUCAGCAGGGGUGCACAGUACGAGAGCGACGUCGCUGCUUUCCUGUGGUCCGAGUCUCAAGGGGACCUGCUUAGUGACGCAGCCUGGGUAAGCGUCUCCCAACGUAGCCCGCAGCAGAAGAGCGGCCUGUCCAUGAAGACACAGGCCAUCACCCCCUGCGUCCAAUCGUUCUGCUCCGCUCUGGACUCUAAACUCAAAGCCAAACUAGAUGAUCUGCAGCACUAUUUACCCUCUGAAAACAACAACAACAAGGAACUAUCGGAGAUAGUCCCGCCAACGACCACCUCCCCCAUUAACCGCUUUAUGGAUGCCGGAGCGGUGGAGGAGAUUCUGAGAGAUCACUGCCUGGCCUGUGUGAAAGACACCCUAGCUAGUGUGCGCUCUGAGCUGGCAAAUGCCCAGGCGAAGGCCGCCGGCCCCAGUCAAUUAGGUUCAGUGCUAUUCAUGGCCAGGCUGUGCCAGUCGAUGGGCGAGCUGUGCCCUAGUUUAAAACAAUCCAUUCUGGGAAAACAAGGGGGUGUGGAUUUUAUCAGCAGAGGCACGCCACGACAGGGCAAGAAGUUGGGCAAAGGCAGCACGGCCAGGGCAUCCGAGGUCAGCCCGGCUCUGGCCAAGUGGACCAGCCUGAAAGAGGAACUUUUGUCUUGUAGCAUGGAGGCGUAUGGGAUCUGGAGCUCUGCACUCACUAAGGCACUUGUGGGUAACUUUGCGGCAACCCUGCAUGCCAGAACUGCCGGCUCCAUCCUGGGUACUGCAACAAACUGGGAGGAGCUUGAAAUACAGGAGGAGACGGAGUCAGGAAACAGUGUAAUGUCUAAAAUACGCCUCCCUGCACAGCCAUCAUGGUAUGUCCAGUCUUUACUCUUCCAUCUGUGCCUUGAGGUCAACCGGGUCGGAGGUCAUGCAUUACCAAAGGUCACUCUAAUGGACAUCUUGCGGGGAUGUCUGGAUCAGGUACUGAGCGAGUAUGAAAAACUCACUCAGAAGACACAGAGCAAGGAUGAAGCCUUCCCCAUGACCCAGAACAGAGCUUUACAGUUGCUGUUUGACCUCCGGUAUGUCAGUGUCACUUUAGGUGGACGUCUCGAUGAGGGCAGGACUUCCAGAUCACAGCAAGACCCAAGGAUCCAGCAGGUCUGUGACUCCCUGGAAGGUCACAUUGAUCCAUUCGACUUGGAUGUUUUCACUCCACAUCUGAACAGCAACCUGAACCGAGUCUCACAAAGAACUUCUGUUCUUCUAGGAUUGUUGUCUGGCACAGAGAAACAGUUCACCACUAGGACUAACAAUAUCAACUCUCAGGAACCAUACAACAUCCUUCCAUUGGCCAGCAGCCAAAUCAGAUUUGGCUUGCUGCCGUUAAGUAUGACGAACACUCGGAAAGCCAAAUCAGCCACACAUGGAGCAGACAUCACUAGACUGGCGGCUCCUUCUGCUUCAGCUCCAGAGGACAGCUUUCGGCCAGGAAAUCUUUUUAGGCAGUUAGCCAAUCAAGAAGAGGAAUCUGCAGCCCCCUCUCUCUUUAAAUUAGGCUGGCUUUCUGGCAUGGCCAAAUAAACUUUUAGUUGUAAUAUUAAUAUUUUUUUUAUUUUUAAAUGCAUAAAAAGCUCUGUAAUAUAAUAUAAAGU